UCAGUGCACAAUUCAAGGGGAAAAGUUGUGAAAAGUGUUGCGCCACUUCGUUUCGUCGCCUACAAUGGAGCACUGUUGCGUGCCGAUACUGAAUGGUCCGCCUAUGUGAAUCCAUGGACAAAGAAAAUCGACAUGGUUGUUGCACGACAUCGAAUUUUGGAUGCUCCCAUAGGAGAUGCAAAUGUCUUGGAUUCUCCCUCGAAUGGUCAGUCACUCCAUGUUCUCCCACCAGCAAUGGCUAAAACCUUUGAAGACGAACUUCGAGUGCUAAUGAACAAGGCAGGCGCUUCCUCUAUUACAUAUUUUGCCACAGCUUUAUUGCAUCCUACGCUUCCCUGGCGGGGUACCUUUUUCCAAUACUUGGGUUCUGCGAUCCGUGCAUUUGGCGCUGGAAGUGCAGAAGGGACGCGUGCCAGCCAGCGCCUCGUCACUAUCAGCUGUUUCGGGUGUUCGCUCGCACCAGCCGGCGACGUUGAUGUCGCAGGCUGCUCGCUUGACGCACCCUGA